AUGGCCACGUGGGAAGGGCCCUUUUUCCUCACAUUCAGAAAUGCCUUUGCCCAGUGUUACAUCAUCAUCACCAUAAGUAUAGCAGGGGGCUGCCCCACCCCGGCCCCAAAUGCUCGUGGGCAGCCUCCAAGCCAGAGCCUGGACGUCUGGGGCCAGACAGAAGUCCGUGCCCCGGCCCAGAGGGAGCAGGCCCGGGCCUUGGCCCUUUGCUGCCCAGCAGCUGUGGCUACUGGUGAGAUUUCCCAGCAUGCCUUCCUCUUUCUUGCAGAGGAUCGCACGUUCCGCUGUGAGGAAUGCGACGAGCUCUUCCAGUCGAAGCUAGAUCUCCGGCGGCAUAAGAAGUACACCUGCACCUCCGUCAACACCCUCUACGAGACCCUGAAUGAGGAGAUCAAGCAGGAGGGGGUCAGCGAUGGGCAGAUCCAUGAGUGCAAAGACUGUGAGAGGAUGUUUCCCAAUAAGUACAGCUUAGAACAGCACAUGAUCAUCCACACGGAGGAGCGGGAGUACAAGUGUGACCAGUGCCCCAAGGCCUUCAACUGGAAGUCCAACCUGAUUCGCCACCAGAUGUCCCAUGACAGUGGAAAGCGGUUUGAAUGUGAAAACUGUGUAAAGGUCUUUACGGACCCCAGCAACCUCCAGAGGCACAUCCGCUCCCAGCACGUGGGUGCCCGGGCUCAUGCCUGCCCAGACUGCGGGAAGACCUUUGCCACCUCAUCCGGCCUCAAACAGCACAAGCAUAUCCACAGCACGGUGAAACCUUUCAUAUGUGAGGUCUGCCACAAAUCCUACACACAGUUCUCCAACCUCUGUCGCCACAAACGGAUGCACGCCGACUGCCGGACCCAGAUCAAGUGCAAAGACUGUGGCCAAAUGUUCAGCACUACCUCCUCUCUCAACAAGCACCGGCGCUUCUGCGAGGGCAAGAAUCAUUACAACCCGGGGGGCAUCUUUGCCCCGGCCUUACCUUUGACGCCGAGCUCCAUGAUGGACAAGUCCAAACCGUCUCCCAACCUCAACCACGCCGGCCUUGGCUUCAAUGACUACUUCCCCUCCAGACCGCAUCCCGGGGGCCUGCCCUUCUCCACGGCCCCUCCAGCGUUCCCCGCCCUCACUCCAGGAUUCCCGGGGAUUUUCCCUCCGUCCUUGUACCCCAGACCGCCUUUGCUACCUCCCACCCCGCUGCUCAAGAGCCCUCUCAACCACACCCAAGAUGCCAAGCUCCCGAGCCCGCUGGGCAACCCUGCGCUGCCCCUGAUCUCAGCGGUCAGCAACAGCAGCCAGAGCGUGUCUGUGGAGGAGAAAUUCGAGGGGGGGCUGGAGAACUCCUACCUGGAGAAGCUGAAGGCGAGGAACAGCGACAUGUCAGACGGCAGCGACUUCGAGGACGUGAACACCACCACCGGGACGGACCUGGACACCACCACGGGGACCGGUUCGGACCUGGACAGCGACGUGGACAGCGACCGGGACAAGACCAAGGACAAGAGCAAACCGACUGAGAGCAAACCGGACUUUGUCAGUGGCUCAGUGGCUCCUGGGGCCCCGAACAGCAUCAACGAGGUCCCCGUCUUCUAUUCCCAGCAUUCCUUCUUCCCUCCACCCGAAGAGCAGCUACUACCUACAUCCGGAGCGGCCAACGACUCCAUCAAGGCCAUCGCCUCCAUUGCAGAGAAAUACUUCGGCCCGGGCUUCAUGGGAAUGCAGGAGAAAAAGAUGGGCUCUCUCCCCUAUCAUUCCAUGUUCCCAUUUCAGUUCCUCCCCAACUUCCCCCACUCGCUCUAUCCCUUCACGGACCGCACCCUGAACCAUAACUUGCUGGUCAAAGCCGAACCAAAGUCUCCCCGAGAUCUCCACAAGGUGGGCAGCACCAGCUCCGAGUCCCCUUUCGAUCUCACCACCAAACCAAAAGAGAUGAAGCCCAUCUUGCCCGCCCCCAAGAUCGUCCCCCCAGCCCAAGCUUCUGGAGAGGAACAGCCUUUGGACUUGAGCAUUGGAAACCGGAUCCGGGCCAGUCAGAACGGAGGAAGGGAACCCCGGAAAAACCACAUUUACGGGGAGAGGAAACUCCUUCCUAGUGAGAUGUUGCCCAAGAUUUCGCCAUCCCAGCUCCCUCAACAGCCUUCCCUGCACUACGCCAAGCCAUCGCCUUUCUUCAUGGACCCAAUAUACAGGGUGGAGAAGCGGAAGGUGACCGACCCUGUGGGCGCCCUAAAGGAGAAGUACUUGCGGCCAUCUCCCCUGAUCUUUCACCCCCAGAUGUCAGCCAUUGAAACCAUGACGGAGAAGCUGGAGGGCUUUGCAGGCAUGAAGACGGACACCGGAAGCUCCCUGCAACCCCUCCCCCACCACCCCUUCAGUUUCAGGUCCCCACCCCCAACGCUGUCAGACCCCAUCCUUCGGAAGGGCAAGGAACGUUACACGUGCAGGUACUGUGGUAAGAUCUUCCCGCGAUCAGCAAAUCUCACUAGACACCUUCGAACACAUACCGGGGAGCAGCCCUACAGGUGUAAAUACUGCGACCGGUCAUUCAGCAUUUCUUCCAAUCUCCAGCGGCACGUAAGAAACAUCCACAACAAGGAGAAGCCCUUUAAAUGCCACCUGUGUAAUCGGUGUUUUGGACAACAGACCAACUUGGACAGACACCUGAAGAAGCAUGAGCACGAAAACGUUCCAGUGAGCCAGCACACAGGAGUCAUAACGAAUCACCUUGGGACCAGCGCUUCCUCCCCCAACUCGGAAUCAGACAACCAUGCACUUUUAGAUGAAAAAGAGGAUUCCUAUUUCUCUGAAAUCAGAAACUUUAUUGCAAAUAGCGAGCUAAACCAAGCAUCAACUCUGACGGAUAAAAGGCCAGAAAUUCAGGACAUCGAUAGCAAUUCUCAGUGCCAUGGCUUAGCCAAUGAAAAGUCAGAGGAUGUAGAUGAAGAAGAGGAAGAGUUGGAGGAGGAAGAUGAUGACAGUCUGACAGGGAAGUCCCAGGAUGAGACAGUCUCUCCCACAACAGAGCCCCAAGGAGCCUAUGAGGAUGAGGAGGAUGAAGAGCCCACAUCACUCAGCAUGAGCUUUGAUCACACAAGAAGGUGUAUGGAGGAGGAAGAAGCCGGCCUGUUAGAUUUGGAGCAGAUGCCGAAUUUUGGGAAGGGGCUGGAUCUCCGCAAAGCGGCUGAGGAAGCAUUUGAAGUUAAAGAUGUGUUUAAUUCCACCUUAGACUCUGAGGCAAUAAAACAAACCUUGUACAGGCAGGCUAAAAACCAGGCUUAUGCAAUGAUGCUCUCCCUUUCUGAAAACGCUCCUCUUCACGCUUCCUCCCAGAAUUCUCUGGACGCUUGGUUGAACAUGACGGGAGCAGCAUCAGAGACGGGGGCCUUUAACUCCAUUAACCACCUCUGAGAGGUCACGGAGGCACUGGGGACAGAGUCCAGAGCGAGGAGACUACCGUGCUAUUAAUGCCCCCGCAGAAAUUCUGGCCAACCGCAAGACAGAGCAGAGGUCCUCAGGGAAGUCUCUAGGCUUUGGGCUGGGGAAAUACACUCUUCACCUGUGAUCUGCAACGCCCGAUGGUUUUUUUUUUUGUUUGUUUGGUUUUGGUUUUUUUGUUUUUUUGGUUUUUUAAUCUUCCCACUCUAGUUUGUCUCUGAUUGCUCAAACUGAACCUCAGAACCCAGAGAAUCCCUGAAGCAGUCCUAGGAUUUCACCAUCUCUAAGAAUAGUUUUUGGAAACCCAGCUCAUCUGGGGUACAGUGAGAGCACACAACAGCAAUGGAAACCUUAGUUCAUUAGAAUCGCGAGACAGUAUUCCCCUCCCAAAGAGACCAGCUAACAUUCGUAGACUUUUUAAUCUGAAAUUAAAGCCAUUUGCCCAUUUCAGGGAACCUGAAUGGCACUUGUGAAGGGAAAAGGAUAGACCUAGGUGGGCUCUAAAGAGAUAGAUCGCUUUUAAGUUGUCGUUGGUUUUUCUAUAUAUUCAUAUAUAAUGAAAAGGACAGAAAUAACUGUUUUCGAAAUCUUGUUGCUCCAGAUUCUCUUUGAGCUCAUGGAUUUUUUAAAAGUAUUUUUUAAAAAUUCGUAAAAUACUUGCAAAUUGUUUGGGUUUUCAAAUAGUUUUGCAUUCAUUUGAAAUAUCAGCUCCCUCCUGGACACUAAACAGCCCCAAGCACAAGCAUACAGAUUGCCAAUGCCUUCUGAGCCCUUUAGGGCAACUGUGGACUUCCUCCCCGCCUGGCCCCCUUUUUUCUCUCUCUGAUCCUGUCUGUCCACAUGGGACAGUGAAAACGAAGGCUCCUGGAGACCGUCUGUAAAACCCCUUCUAGAAUAAAAAUUAAGGACCUUCCUGAGCCAUUCUUAGACAUGGUGUCAUUGCACAGUGGACUGCCCCAUGGUUGGGACUAAGAGAUGUGCCUGCCACUAAGUGACUUGUAGCUAGAGCUAGGGAACCCCUCAUUUUGUCCAAUGGGAGGGGUCUACUGGCAAUGCAUCCAUGGCGCCUAAAUUUCAUGAGUUUGGACACAGAGGUACAGCUGGGACUGGUGAAAAGGGGGCCCUUGGACCCUUACGUGCUGAAUUCCCCUGAGAUCCAAGGGGUCUUGCUUCUGUUGUCCCUGGGUCCCCACCUUCCUAUUCAAGAUUCAGGACCUGUUGGCCAUUCUUCGGUCGCUCUAGAACUGUGCCAUGCUCCCUCCGUCUUGCUCCUCAACCCCCUAUGAUGUGGACUGGAAGAAAAACAAAUAGCCACUUCAGUUUGCUCUCUGCGUGGCUCCCCAAGGGGGUCAGAGACUCCUAAGCCGCCAAGUUCAUACAUGUGCCUCGGACUCCGGAUUCACAAGACACUAUUUAACUCCCGUUUCCAAUGUUUGCACAAGAUCUUAGCAAGACUGCGGCUCAAGAACGGAACUGUGUCCACCAUUGUUAGCCAGGCUCUAAGAGUUUAAGCUAGAACAUUCCUUUCCUGGGAACAUCCACCUGUCCUUCAGCACCACAGUACUUGCCCAUUUGAAUGGGUUUUAAAUUAUUCCCAUAGGGGCCAAUUUAAAAUAAUAAUUUUUUUCCUGAUGGAAUUUACCUUAAUCUGUAUAUAACUUGUAAUUUUUUUUCUAAUUCUUUUCUUUUUCAUUUCUUCCUUAACAGUAUUUUUUUUUUGGCAUUAGAUAUCCUCAUUGUGAAAAAAUAAUGUUAAUAUAAGUAUCUAGUGAAGGACCAAAAUCGUGUAUUAAGGUUGCGUGUUGUAUGAUUGAUAACCAGGGAGUAGGACAAUUUUUUUAAAUUAAUGUGCCAAAUACCCCCUAAUUGAUCCCACUGUCAUUGCUGCCAAUUUUCCAGACAAUCAUAUGUUGUGUUAAAUUUGAUUUUCGAUUACAGUCUCAUUUAGGAUGUGUUCUAUUUAUUUCUUUUAUUGUUUGGAAAGAAAGGAAAGGAAAAAAAAGAAUUUAAUGACCCAACAAGAAGAGAGAGGUGGAGGGGAUGAGGGGAGGGGGUUGUCCUCUAAAAGAAAAUGUCUAGUGUAAAUAGAGACAACUGUGAACCAAGGUGUUUUUAGCCAGGGCAGCCAUCAAGGCAAAAGUGCCAUAUCGCCAAGAACUUUACAGUGUUUAUUUAUAGAAAGGAAUGGAAAAAAGAAAAAAGGAAGAAAGAAACAACCUUGAUCAGGUUGACUCCUGUUGUUUUCAAGUUCAGCUGAUGCAUUCACAAAGACCAUUGAUGAUAGCUGUAAAUAGUCCAUGUUUGAACUUUAGCAAUAAAAAUAUCUGUCAGGCAGAAUGGUAGCUACAGGGGGAGAGAACUAGAAUUUGAGCUGAUGGUGAACUUGCUUUGAUAGAUCAGAAUCCAAGUGAUUCUGGGGGGUUUUUCUUUCUUUCUUAAAAAAAAAAGUACAAUAAUGAGCCUCAGCAUUUUUCUUUCUUUGUAUAAGUUUGCCUGUCAACAGCUCAAGCCACCCCUCCAAGUAUUACGUUUUUGUGAAUAGGUCUCUCUCUCUCUCUCUUUAUUUUUAUUUUUAUUUUUUGCUCAGUUUAGCAGGUUGGGAAUGACUUCUUUUGGGGAAACAAGGGGAUGAGAGCAAGGCUAAAGAUAGGAAUGAGACAGGAUGAUCUGGUCAACAUCGAGCAAAGCUUGCAAAUCAAACCAUGCCUGAACCCGAGGAUUUUCCUUUUUGCCAGACCCAUUAGAUGCUAUGGAGGAAUUUCUGUGCUCCAGAUAGGACUCUCAGUAAAAAUUGAUUUGAGUUACAAGUCCCCUUUUCUGCAGAUUCUUAGUGUAAUCUUUUCCCUGUAAAGGGUUAAGGUAGAGGGUGAAGGCUGGAACUUCCUUAUCCUUUAUGGAGACCAUGGAGCUCUCUAGGAAAGUUGAGUCUAUUGGCAGAAAUGUUAAACACACCCAUACAUAUAUUGGCAACAUCAAAAAGUGAUGAGGGUUAGCAUUUUUCAUUACCACUUAAUUCUUCCUGUUCUCUGUUGACAGAGUAAAAAUACUCAGCUUUUCUGCUGAGCUAGAUUCUCAGACUCAAAGGGGCCAUCCAAAGUCAUCGAGUCUAACUGGAAGGCAGAGCAUGACUCUCCUCUCUGGCAUUCCCACCAAGUAAUUAACCAUUUUUUUGUUUGAGAGAACUCACUAGCCACUCUUCCCUUCUCCCCCGUGCCCCCAAAAGGCAGUCUCAUUCCAUUUUUUGACAGAUCUAAUCAUUAGGAUGUUUUUUUUUCCCCUUUUAUGUAGAGUUGAAACCUCCAUCUUUGUAAUUUCCAUCCAUCAGUUCCGCCUCUGGCCUUUGGGGCUAAGCAGAAUAAGUCAAAUCCUUUUUCUAUGUGACAACUCCAUGGUCUGUACAAUGUCUCCUCUUCACCUCCCCCCAAGAGCCCGGCUCACACAAUUGUACUCCCUGAACUAACUGUUUUCUUUCACUCUGAGACAAUUAGGGCUUGUGAGAUUUCAGCUUACUAGUGAGCUUCCACGUUCCAGAGUUCAAACCUUUAAAAAGAAAGCACUUAAUUCCUAUGAUUUUCCUGUCCCUGGGAUGUUUUGUUUUGUUUUGUUUUUCUAAAAAAUAUUGGAGUCCCCCAAUCUGAAGUGAGAGCUUCUCUUUACCACGUCCAUUCAGAUGGUUCUAGGUCAAGUACACAAGAUACCAAUGCAAGCCCCUCUGUUCAGAAACCAAGGAUUCUGGUAGAAUCUCAAAAGGGCUGGAAACCCCAGGACACCAAGAUGAGAGUUCAAGGACCGUGCCAGUCUCUUUUCAUCUUUUUUCAAUUUCAUGUUAUUUCUAUCUCAGGUGGCCCAUAAUGUAAUGGUCCCAAAGCCCAGAGAUGAUGCCAGGUCACCAUGUUUCCUAGUGGGAUGAAGGAGGACAAUGGUGAGAGGGGGCCACAUUGCUUACCCUAGUGUGUGGUCCAGACAGACAGUUAUGGUGACUCAGUGGAGAUGAUGCAUCUGUUUUCCUCAAUUACUAACUUUUCUUGUGCAUCAAAUUUAGUCCUGCCAGAAUGAUCUUGCAACAGCCAGACAAUGGGGUCAAAUCCAGUGAAAGCCAUUGGCCAUACCAGUGGGUUGACUGAACUGACCAGUUCUGGUCCUUGACCUGGUCAAUCUUUAGCCUCGUCCUGGAACCCAGAAUUCCAGCGUAAUGAGCAAGGCUAGCUGACCAUGUAGAAGAUGGCAGAGCAGGAUGGGAAGAAGUGGGCAUGAGAAAGAAGGCCAUUCCAGGGAAAGAGCUAAAGAAGGGCUUGCUUUGACCUGCCAGCCCAGGGCCCAGAAGUCUGCCCCCUCCAUCCCUAUCCUCCUUGCCCAUGCUUAAAUCGGUGUCCCCUUUCAUUAGCCUCUAAGCUUCAGAGCACUGCUUUGGGUGUCUCUUCCCAGCCUACUCCUACCCAAAUGACUUCAAAGUGCUCAGCCCUAGUGCAUUUGCUGAAUUUGGGGUGGGAGGGAUGGAAGAGAGAGUGGAAUAGCCAGGAGGGUUGGGGAGAAGAGUAUCCUGCCCUUAGCUGCCUGUUAAAGACCUAAUACAGACUGAGUGGUCAAAUGCUCUGAUCUCAAUUAGGAACAUGAGGACAAAACUGUUUCUGGUUGGUAGUCAGUUCUUCCAAAGCCAUGAAUUUUUUUUUCUCUCUUAUGCUGAGUGAUACUGUGAUGAAAGCAUUCUUGCAUUAUUCUGAGGACUUAAAAAAAAUUUUUUUCUGGGUGGCAAAACUGGACCAGUAGAAAGAAUGCUGGAUCUAGGUCAAAGGACCUUGAUUCAAAUCCCAGUGAUGCCACUUAAUAGCUCGGUGACCUUGGGCAUGUCACUGAAUCUGUCUAGGCCUCAGUUUCCUCAUCUGCAAAAUGAGGAGGGUUGGAUGAGCUGACCUCUAAGGUCCCUUCCAGCUCCAAAUGCUAUGAUCCCAUGCUCCUUUUCAAUCCUCUCUCUCUCUCUCUCUCUCUCUCUCUCUCUCUCUCUCUCUCUCUCUCAUCCUCCUCUAUUUUUCAAUAAUUGUUAUUGUUAUUAUUAUUAUUAUUAUUAUAUUUUGCCUAUCAUGGAUUCUUGUGAUUACCACUUUUGGAAAAAGACGAAGAAGGCAGCUCAAGUUUCCAAAUGUGUAAUUCACUCGUGAACAGUCACUCAAGAGGUUUCUCGGCGACAUUUUCUACAAUCGCCAUUCUCUUCCAAGCAAGAGAUGCUUUUGCCCAGACGUCUUCUCCAGCCUACAGGAAAAAAAAUAAAAUAAAAUAAAAUAAACAAAAAAAAUACCCUAAUUUAAAAACAUAGUUAUGUCGCGCUUGUAAGAAUCCUGAAUUUAGGCAUUUUCUGUUGUUCCUUUCCCCAUUGUUACAAGACCGGUUUGAUUUAAGGUUCUUUGUUGUUGUCUUUUUUUUUUCUUUUAGAACUGUAUAGUGUUGGGAAAAAAAAUAAUCAAAUUGUAAAUGUCUGGUUCUCAUAUAAUGUUUCAAAACCAUUGAGAAAGCGGAUGGUGCUUGUCCCGUUUCACUUCGGAUUGUAUAUUGCUUCGGUUAUGUUUAUAAGUAAACUGUGCAUGACUUGUGUUUAGCAGUCAUUAUCGUGUCUGUUUGUGAAAUUUUUAUUAAAAACAGAAAAAAAAAUUCCGUAGAUGCACUUAUGUAUAUGUGAUUAGGUUCAACGUCCAGGACUAGAGAUCAGGAACUGCUCGGAUGACAGGGGGGAGGGCAGUUCUUAAUUAAUAUGAAAACGCUUGUGGGAGAAUAAAUGAGAUUUUAAAAAGAAGAUAUGAAGUGUAGAAAAUAAUAAAAAUGAGCGAUUUUUUUUUUGCAAAAUUUCAUUUUGAUGCUUGUGAUAAAGACAAAUGUACUUGUGUAGAGAAAUUCCUUUAAAAUAAUUGACUAGGAAAAGCUGAUUUUGAGGGUAAGCUUGUAGAUUAGGAAUGUAUACCAAAUGUAAUCUUUCCAAUGCUAUGAUGAAUUUAUACAUGAGAUUGAUAUGCAAUAAACCUGUGUGCUUUUCUAAGA